AUGGAUGUUUUGGCAUCGAUCCGCAGUGCGAGUGAUCUUGUAACGAUCACUGAUAAUGAAGAAGAACUAGUGAAGGUGCUGCAACAGGCGGGGUUGCUCGCCACUUGCAUGUUGUGCGAGAAGUGUGGCCGCUUCAUGACAUUGAAGUCUACGAAGCGUGCUAAUUCGUGCAAGUGGGUUUGCAUAAAAACCCGAAGCUGCCCCGGGAAUGAAUGUACGGUCCGUACGGGCAGUAUAUUCAAUAAUUCCACCCUUUCAUUGGGGCAGCUUAUGCGAGUGGUUUUUGCUUGGGCGCGUAACACCAAGCUAGAGUUCGCGGCUGCCGAUUCCGGUACAUCGCGAAAGACCGCUGGAAAGUGGUAUCAAAUAUUGAGAAAAUUGAGUGCCGAUCACGUGUUUCACCAUCAAAAUCAAAUUGGUGGCGAGGGAUGCGUCGUUGAACUCGACGAAUCUGUCGUCACCAAGCGGAAAUAUCAUCGGGGACGAAUGUCCUACAACAACCAAGUGUGGGUUUUUGGAGGCAUUUGUCGUGAAACCCGCGAUAUUUUCGUUGAGAUUGUGGAGAAGCGUGAUCGUGCAACUCUUCACAAUCUCAUUGUGACCCAUGUCCGUCCGGGCACAACAAUAAUGACCGAUUGUUGGAGGUCUUACAAUGGGCUAAGCUUGCACGGUUUCAUCCAUCAGUCCAUAAACCAUUCUCAGUAUUUUAUUCACCCUGAAGACCCCACGGUGCACACGCAGAAUAUUGAGAAUGUCUGGCGAUGGUUGAAACCGUUUCUGAGAGAAAAAGGUACAAAUCGAGCCGGUUUGAUGGAGUACAUUAGGGAGUACGAAGUCAAACGCCGAAACGAUGAUACUUUUUUGACUAUUUUGAACAUCAUCAAAAUAGCCCAGAGCUAG